AUGUGUGAGCUUUUUUGGGAAUGCCUUCAGGGAAAAGCACUCUUUCCCACAACCGCAGCCCGAGCAGAUCUCACAGAGAGAGAGAGCGAGCGCAUGUUUUCCAGGCCGGCCCCUCCCACCACCGCCGCCUGCACCCACACGCUCACCUGGGACGCCUCGGUCAAACUGAGGGGUUACCGGAGCCUGGGAACGUUUAGCAUCCACAGGGCACCGAGAAGUCAGCCGGCGCACAGGGACCGGACAGGAAGCAGGCGCGUAACCCCUUCCUGUCUGAAAGGAAAGACGGAGGGAAGCGCUUUGAGGAGAUAUACCUCUGCUGCACCCAGACUGAUCACGGGGUCUUAA